AUGCAGAGUGUUUGCAUUCUUCUUGCACCGGUCCUCUUUGCGGCUUCAGUGUACAUGGUCCUUGGACGCCUCAUUCGCAGUAUAGGAGCCGACGAGCACUCGAUCAUCCCUGUCAGGUGGCUCACAAGGACAUUUGUUUCAAGCGACAUCAUUUGCUUCCUUGUGCAGGGUUCCGGGUCGGGUCUCAUGGCGAUGGGAUCCAGUGCAAGCAUGGGCAAGUCAAUUGUCCUGGCGGGACUCGCGAUACAAGUCCUCAUGUUUGGCCUGUUCAUUGUCGUCUCGUUCGAAUUUGAGCGGCGUCUCAAUCGUACGGCCAGCGUCGGCAGAUUCGAUAUCAGCGUCCAGUGGAAGAUUCAUCUGCGCGUCCUGAACGUGGUGUGCGCUUUGAUCCUGGUCCGAUCAGUGUUCAGAGUGAUCGAAUAUGCACUUGGAAACGAUGGCUACCUGCUCAGUCACGAAUGGUCAAUUUAUAUCUUCGACUCGGUCCCCAUGACUGCUGUGAUGGCCUUGUGGGCAAAGUGGCAUCCGGGAAUGUUUCGUGGUUCGAAGUCACGCGCCGAUCAUGAUCCAGAAUGGGAGAUGAGGUCUGAUGGGUUGGAGAGUGCCAACGAACGAUCCGUUUGGGGACGAACCAAGGAUGUCCAACAGAAUACAGGCCCUCCACUCGAUUCAACCUGA